AUGUCUAACUCAGAGGAGAUCAUUGAGAGCUCUGGGUUGGUGAUGCCUCAGGGCGACUUCGCGAGUGAGCUUGGUCGCGAACUUUAUCGAAAAUUAUUCUCUUUUCCUCCUGGUGAUCCCCGCGCAGACGAAUGGAUAAAGGGUUUGACGAAGGCUGAGCGUACUGCGUUUAUUGCCGAGGUAGAUCGAGAACUAAAGGAAGCUGAAGAGGAGAAUGCAACAUCCGUACCCCGGCGAUACUGGUCGUACACGAAAAACGUAUGUGGUUUUGAUAUGGACGCUGCGGCAUGGGAAUAUGGGGUCAUGGAUGGAAAUUGGGACGAAGUACGGAUGCGCCGAGCGCAGGAGAGACAAGCAGAGGUUUUUCAGACCGCGACGCAGGGCGGGCCCAGUGGAGCUGUACGAGAUUUGAAGGUUCUGCAGGCCCGAGCUUCCAAGGGACGUUAG